GGCGCCGCGGCGGCUGCGCCCCGCAUCAUGGAGGGCAGCCCGGCCCCAGCGCCGGCCGCCACCGACCUCCGCCGCCGCCCGCGCCGCGCCCGCCGGCUCCCGCUGCCGCUCUCCCGGCGCCGUCCUCUCCUCACCUCGAAGCCAGCAUGAAGGAGACCCAGGGCGACGGGAGAGCCCGUUUCUGCACCCGCCUCAACCAUUCCUACCCGGGCAUGUGGCCGCCCGAGCGCUCUGCCGAGGCGCAGGGCAACCUCACGCACCCCGCGGGACCCAGCGAGGACUGCGGCUCGGUGUCCGUAGCCUUCCCGAUCACCAUGCUCAUCACCGGCUUCGUGGGAAACGCGCUGGCCAUGCUGCUGGUGUCGCAGAGCUACCGGCGCAGGGAGAGCAAGCGCAAGAAGUCGUUCCUGCUGUGCAUCGGCUGGCUAGCUCUCACCGACCUGGUGGGGCAGCUGCUCACCAGCCCGGUGGUCAUCGUCGUGUACCUGUCGGAGCAGCGCUGGGAGCACCUGGACCCAUCCGGGAGGCUGUGCACCUUCUUCGGUCUGACCAUGACUGUCUUUGGGCUCUCCUCGCUCUUCAUCGCCAGCGCUAUGGCCGUCGAGCGGGCGCUGGCCAUCCGGGCGCCGCACUGGUACGCGAGCCACAUGAAGACGCGCGCCACCCGCGCGGUGCUGCUGGGCGUGUGGCUGGCAGUGCUGGCCUUCGCCCUGUUGCCAGUGCUGGGCGUAGGUCAGUACACCAUCCAGUGGCCUGGGACAUGGUGCUUCAUUAGCACCGGGGCACGGGUCAAUGGGACUAGCUCACCUCACAACUGGGGCAACCUUUUCUUCGCCUCCUCUUUUGCCUUCCUGGGGCUCUCUGCACUGGCUGUCACCUUCGCCUGCAACCUGGCCACCAUUAAGGCCCUGGUGUCCCGCUGCCGGGCUAAGGCCACGGCGUCACAGUCCAGUGCCCAGUGGGGCAGGAUCACGACCGAGACGGCCAUCCAGCUCAUGGGAAUCAUGUGUGUGCUGUCGAUCUGCUGGUCGCCGUUGCUGAUAAUGAUGUUGAAAAUGAUCUUCAAUCAGUCAUCAGUUGAGCACUGCAAGACACACACAGAAAAGCAGAAAGAAUGCCACUUCUUCUUAAUAGCUGUUCGCCUGGCUUCACUGAACCAGAUCUUGGAUCCCUGGGUUUAUCUGCUGCUAAGAAAGAUCCUUCUUCAAAAGUUUUGCCAGUGUGCAAUAGCAGGACCGGAAAGAGACACGAUGCCUCACCCCAAGACCAGCAACUACAUACUGAUGAUCAGGCACCACACAAACAGCUAUGCAUCCAGCUCCACCUCCUUACCCCACCAGUGUUCCUCGACCUUGAUGUGCAGUGACCAUUUGGAAAGAUAAUGAAAGAAUGGAGUUGGACUUUUUAUUGCAAUUCCUGCUUCCCUGAGUUUGUGUAUUUCUUUCUACAUGAGAAGGAGAAUUUUAUAUUUUGAUUUUCAUUUUCUUCAUUUUCAUCUUUUUUUUUUUAUUUUAAUGUUUUUUUCUUGUUCAUAAUACCAACUGAGAUCAUGUUUAUUAUAUAAUCCUGUGUCUCCAAGUGUUAAAUUGGCUUCUUGGACUUUGAGUAUACAUUUUAAAAGUUGAGCUACAUUUCACAGAUGAUGAUUGGUGAAACAGUGAAAAAAAGAAAACCUGUCUUCCAGGAAUUUCCUCCCAACUUCACACUUCUACCUGAAUCUCAACAAUGAGGACAUCUGUAUAUUUUAUAGUGGCUUGAUUUCACAACAUAGUUUGAAAAAUCAGCAUAAGUUUUUAACAGGGAAAAGUCAACAUAUUGAGAGAAUUCAAUUAAUAAGACAUAAACUUUAAUGAAAUAGAAAGGAGGCCAGAUGAAGGCUAGAGGGUAUCAUGAUAAAAGAUACUUAGGCAAAAUGUGUCGUUAAUGUUUUGGAGAUGUCGUGUCCCUCUGGACAAAGCUUGGAACUAAAAGUCCUUAAAUCUGUAUUCUGGUUAUUAUGUCAUUUAGUAACUCAGGAAGUGGAUUAUUAUUUCUCUAUCUCUGAAGACUGAAAGGGGUGAUGCCUUAAAGGUCUCUCUUGGAGUCAUAGAAAAAAUAAUGAGGCUAGAUGAUGAACUGUUGAGUUAGAAUCCUAAAACAAUCCAGGCACAGCCUUCUAAUUUAUACUAUUAAUUCAGGUUUUUAGAACAUUUCUUCUUGGGCAACAUACAAAAAGGCAAACGUAAUAAGUAAGACAGCUAUGAAAUACCAAACUUUGUUAGUUUUUUAUGAGAUGAAGGGAUCUAUUUUGUCUGAAUUGAAAUAAGAAAUUCUGUGGACUUUAAAAAGUCCUUAGAGUUGUCUAAUAUCUUUCAGCUAAUAUGCCCUAAUCUACUUAUAAACUCAACCAACCUUUCUUCCUCUCGCCUUUCUUUUCCCCUCUUUUUUCUUUGCUUCCUUCUCCUCAUUCACCUAAUUCAACAUGUAUUUAUUGAGUGUCCCUUCUUUAGGCAUUGUGCUAAGGGCCAUGCUGUCAUCUACAAGAAUAUUUUAGGAAGAAAUGAUAAUAUGGGAUCAGCAGUUGUGCCAUAUGAGCCUAUAUUGUGACUCUAUUGUCAUUGCUGUCAACUAAAUUAAUCCAAAAGAGUUAUCAUUGCUUUUAAACAGUUGAACCAGUUGUGAAUUAGCUCUAAACUACACUUAUUUCACUGAAACCUGUAUUUGAAAUGGUCUUAUGUAACCAGCACAAAGCUGAUGUUGUAUACAAUCUCUUGAUUCAGGUUUAAAGUCAAUGAAUUUCAUUGGGCAGUUAGAAUUUGCCAGCCGUCAUAGAAAUGUCCAUGCUCUGGUUACCUCUAUCUUUCAUGCAUCCAUGUGGUUGUCUAGCUGUCAUCUAUAUAUUAAUUUAUUUUUACAAAACAAGGUAAGUUUACAGAGGGCUUGCCCAAUGUCAUAUGACUAAUAAUAAAAAUUCAGAUCCAAGGUCAUUUCAGGUUUACUGUUGUUCCUGCAACACAGUGGUGUAUGAGAUUUUUUUUAUAACAGUAUUCCACUGAUAGGACAAUAUGAUAUAACCAAAGCAUGGAUUUUGAAAUCAAACUUGGUUUUAAAUCUGACUGUGCCGCUCAAUAGCUCUGUAACCUUGAGAAAGUUAAUUUAUCUAAUUGAUUAUUGGUGACUUAACCUAUAACCUAAAUAUAAUAAUAUUUACCAGCGGAGUUAUUGUGAUAAUGUAUGUAAAGUGUGUGUAACUUUAAAAUUAGGGACUCAGUAAGUUUAACUGUCAUUAAUUCUCUACCCAUACUUACCUCCAACUAUAUAAUGAGUUCUCAAUUUCAGCUAUAAACUGGCUUCCUGACUAUGUGGGUUUAAAUGUCAUGGACAGAAUCAACUUCAAACCCCUAGAUAUUAUUCUUGUUUAUAAUAUUCUGGGAUUAUUUUUGCCUAUGCAAAACUUACUCAUCUCCCAUAUGUCCAAAUCUCACCUUGUCCCUAGACUUGAACAAUUUAAAUAUCUUUGUUUUCUUCUUACCUUUAUCCCGAACUCUGAAAUUAUAUAGUGCUCAUUUUGAUGAUUAUUGUAUUAUUACUUAAAUAUUUUCAUUAUGUAUGUCUUUUUCCCUUAACAAAAUUCUAUUUCAUGAUGAACAGGGCCUUUUUCUUUUAUUUUCUUCAUAGGUCUCUUAGCACUAGUACAAUAUUUGACACCAAGAAAAAUACUCCUUACUUGGUAAAUUUUCAACAAAGGCAACAUUUAUGUACAAGAUUAGUAGUUGCAAAUUUAAAUGAAUGUGAUAGCAAGCCCUUUGUUUCCAUAUUGUUGAUCAACUUAAACAUUUUAUGCUAAACUUUCCUGAUUUAAAAAUGUGCUAUCCAGGCAGAAUGAUUACAUGCUUUUUAAUACAAUUUUAAUAUAAUAAUGUUUAUUAAAGCUCUAGAUAUGAAAGUAAUAAAAUAAUAAAAUGAUUGGAAAAGUUUAAAAAAUAAUGACCAUUUGAUAAAGAUAUUUCUCAUAUAAUUAGGAAUGAUCUUUGUCCAUUAAUUUGAAAUCUGAUGUAGAGUUAGUACAUGUCAGUAUGAAAUACUAUUGAUAUUUGUUUUUAAAUCACAGAAAAGUAUUCAUUGCCUACUAAAUUUACUCAAAAUCAUAGAUUCUGUAACAUGUGUUCUCAAAUAUUUUGGACCCUGAUUCAACAACUGUUACUGAUUUUCAACAAGUGCCUUCAUCUUCAUUUUCUCUGUUAUCUUCAAUAAACAUAAAUUCUCAUAAUUAAGUAAUGAGAUUUAAGGGUAGAAUUAAGCCUCAAAAUAAAAUGAAUUUCUUAGGAUCUCUGACAAAAAAACAUUCCACAUGGAGAAAUGGUGCUUGGUUUACCGUUUUACUGUAUUAUAGUAACUAUUGUAAAGCUCUGUGGGAUGCAUAUGCAAAACAAAUAUAUGAUAUUAAUAUGCCCUAUAAGUGGGCUGUAUAGACUUGGUUCCAUACUACAUAUUAAAUAUUCUAUGUAAUUUUAGACCUAUGAGUUUUGCAUUGGAAGAAAAAAAAUUCUACCUAUUCCCACCUCCAUCCUAUGCAGAACUGGGGCUUUCAUUCAACUCCACUUCAACUCGGUGUGAAACAAAAGAAACAAAAAACCCAGGAGGGGUUGGACCAGGGUAAUGUGAAGAGAUCUUACAGCCAAGGCAAGGCAAGGAAAUGGAAUAUUAGGGCUAGAAGACUGGGCUUCUAUCAGAAGCUAUAUUUAUCCAAAUUUUCCCAAGGAGGGAGAAGAAAAUUAGUCAUUAUUUUUUAUAUGUAAGUGUGUAUAUGUGUCUUAUUAAGUGGACUUUGGUCCAUGAAAUAUAUGAAAAUUCAGACUGCUAACUGAUCCAUAGUUGUACUGUCUGCAAGAAUGACUUUCAAAAAUUAAAUAAGUAAUAAAACCAGGUUAUAGAGAAAUCAUAUUAACGACUGAAGAGAACAAAAUUGUUUCAACAUCCUCAGUGGUUGGAAGUACUUUCAGAACAAACCUGUUGUUAAGGUAGCUGUAACCAUUGAGGUAUUUUAAGGAUCUGUAUAAAAUACACUUUGCUUGAUAUAUCGACAUACUUUUCAUUACUAUAAAUACUUAUAUGUCUAAUUUCUGUCUUAAAAGUAUCUGUGAUCAUAUUUUUCAUUAAUCCAGACUUAUACUAAAUCUUGUUUAAUUCAAAAUACCUCUAGGGGCAUCUCAUGGAUAAAGUGUUUUUUCAUUUGAUUCACAUUCUAAGGCUUUAUUAUAUUUUCAUAAUCUGAAAUGCUUUUUUAUGUAAAAACAAUUUUGUGCAAUAUGUAUUUUUAAGAGCUUUUGUAGUUUUUGAAAACAUACUCAACCAUAUUGUAAGCUCAUUGUGGGUAAGACCCAUGCAUUAUAUAUAUCUUAUUCCUACAGAGCCUAGUAUAGUGCUAAGUACAUAGAAAUUGCUCAAUAAAAUAUUUUGGAGAGGCUAAGUGACCAGACUGCAAUCUAUGUGGGUAAUAGUUAAGGCAACUAGGUGUACACACUACAGGUAAGGAUGGUGUUCAGUUGACCACUGAUUCUUUAUUUACUUUUCUUUUUUGAUGCCAUGACUGUUGGUCAGUUUUCAAAUUUGAACAAUGCAAGGGAGUGUUCUUCAGACUUCUUGAAGAAAACAACUUGAAGUAUUUGUUGAAUAUGGGGUGACUGCUGUUAGAAAAAUGUAAAUAAGAUAAAUAUAAGCCUGUAUGUAAAGUAAUUUGUCUUUUAGUCAGCUAUGUCAAUUCUUACCUUGGUAUAGGAGCUGAAUAUCAAUUCUACAUCUAAAGGGAAAUGUAUAUAUUGCUGAAGAUAUACAGCUUGUGAAAUAAAAUAAACAUCAUUUAUACAUAUAAGGACAGAAGAAAAAUUUCAUUUUAUGACUCUGAGCAAAGUAUAGUGUUCUGUCUUUUGAAAUAAGUACACUGGAGCCUUAAUAAAUGGACAAUAGUCUUUAGUUGGUUUCUUAGCGAAAGUUCAUGAGAGCUGAUUAUGGUUUUUAUCAAAUAGUUUGUUGAUUUACCUUACACCUGAAAUGUUAAAUCCUUUUUGAACAUUUUGGAAAUGAAUAAGAAAUAUUCAUGCAGCAUUAUUUUAAGAAAAGAAUACAGAAAAUUACAGGUAGACAUAGAAAACAUUGAAAGUAAUAAGCACUGAAAUACAGUGGCACAGGAAGGGCAGAAGAAAUGACUCACUAAAAAAAGCAUAAUACCAUUAAAAUACAGGAUUACACCAAACUGAGACUACUCAUAGAAAUGAAGGGGAAAAAAAGGAUGUAAAUUUGUUACAAGACCUGACAAAGUAUGAUUUAAUGAUAUGUGCUCCAUAAACACAUGGAGUUGGUUGUGGUGGUGGUAGUGGGACAUGCUGUGGUUGGUAAGGAGUAAGAAAUAGGGUUCCAAGCAAAGUUAAGUAAAUGUCAUACUAAGAGAAUGUGGAGGGAAUGGGGAAAAUGUAAUAAUAUAUUCUUAAUAAAGCUUUGGAAAAAAGGACAAUA